GUAUGGAGUAUUCUACAACUGAUUUAUUAUUACAAUUACUUAUCAUAUUUGAUUUUUUAUACAUAGUUGUGAUAUAUUGUUAAAUGUUUUAAAAAUACAAAGGGGAUUGCUUGUUGUCAAUAUAAACAUCAAAGAGACUUCUGUUGAUUUAUUGGUUCACACAGAUUUACCAACUGAUCCAAGAUGUCUAAACGAACACAUACUGAUGAGAAACCAGGUCCUUCCAGGGAGAAAAGAAAAUUUGCCAAAUGUUAUCCUGAAAUCGACAUGGAUUUAUUUUCAUUGCCCAAAGAACUGGUUAUAGAUCCUAAAGACCUGCAUAAAAAGAAUUACUUUACUUCAAAAACUGAAAAGCACAAGGAUACAAAACCAGACAGAAAAAGUGUGAGUAAAAAGAAUUAUUAUCUACAACUGAGAAAGGAACGUGAAUCCUUUCGGAAGAGGCUGGUGGAGGUGAUAUUAGAAAAUGAAAAUGAGGAUAGCAGGUCUUGCACAGAGGCUGGGAAUAAAGACUUCCUCCGUUACCAUUACUACAUUAAAUAUGGACUAGACACAAAACAUGUUUCUCCAAUAAAUUUAGAAUGGAUUGAAAGGAUUAUUAAUUUGAUUCCGAUUCAUUUAAAAACCAAUGUGGAUACUCUAAUGAACAUGUUUCGAGAGAUGGAAGUAAAUUACAUGUAUACGGUUAAAAAAUCUAUUGUGGAUUUUGUCCUCCAAGAUGCUGCAGAUAGAAUGUUACCAGGAGAUUAUGCCAAACGAAAGUUGCAAAUUGAAGAUGUAAGUCCAUCUCAGUUACGGCUCAACUUUUAUGAUGCAGGAAACAAAUUGUUAAAAAGACUACAUGCUGUAAAUCCAGUGAUGGUUCAGAUUUUGAGCCUUUGGAAUGAUCAUUUUAGCAACCUGAGGAUGAUAGACAUAAAAUCAUUAGUAGGCAGAAAAUCAAUGUUUGAAUUAAAGCCCUUUGGAAUUUUAGUACAGGAGCAAAUAAAAAUUACAAGACAAAUUUUAAACACAGAAUGGCUACCUGCAGUUCAGGAAAUUUUUCUUAAAGGUGCGAAAAAAGGGCUUCUACCAAAUCCAAAAAAUGCCAAAGCAAUGGUGCAUUUCUAUAACUCUGUGGAUGCAAUAAUGACUUUUAACUUGCAGUCUCUGUGUCUUGAGUCAAUUGCAGAUUAUACAAAAUUCAUCUUCGAUAUCAGAGGCACUAAUCCUGGAUUUUCUAUAAAACUCAUUCAUAAAAAUAAACUCCUGCUUUUUGACCCUCCUUUUCCCAGCUUUGAGGAGCUUAUUCUUCAAGCUUACGACAUAAUGAUAGAGUCAAUACUGGAUGUACCAAGAUUGGAACAUACCCUGUAUAUGGACCUUGAUGAUGAUGUCCAAUACCUUAGUCCAGUAAUUUUGUCUGAAGUCGUCGAAGCAAACAAGAAAAAGGUAGCGGACCUUCUUGAAGAGCAAAGAAUUGGCCCAGAGUUGAGAGUCCAGGAUUUUGAUCAGUACAUUAAUCUGAUCAAUGGUGAUCUGCCACAGCAGUGUAUUGCAGCAAUAUGA